AUGGCACAAUAUUUUGGCCUAGAGACAACGGUUCCCUUCCCUCCGUGGUGGAAGAUGGCCUACCAGAUCGCCAUCUUCUUCGUGCUAGAGGAUACCUGGCACUACUUCUCGCACCGCGCUUUCCACUGGGGCCCACUCUACAAGUCCGUCCACAAGAUUCACCACCAGUACUCCGCUCCCUUUGGUCUCGCCGCCGAGUAUGCCUCUCCCAUCGAAGUCAUGGCCCUGGGCUUCGGCACUGUCGGCUGCCCCAUCCUCUGGUGCGCCCUGACCGGUGACCUGCACAUCCUCACCAUGUAUCUCUGGAUCGUCUUCCGCCUCUUCCAGGCCAUCGACGCCCACAGCGGCUACGAGUUCCCCUGGAGCUUGCACCACUUCCUCCCCUUCUGGGCCGGUGCAGACCACCACGACCUUCACCACGAGAAAUUCGUCGGCAACUACGCCAGCAGCUUCAGAUGGUGGGACUACCUACUCGACACCGAGUACGAUCCCGCCGCCCUCCAGAGAAAGAGAGAGCAGAAGGCCAAGAAGGCCCAGUAG